CCACGCGCCCACGGGCACGGGCGGGGAUCUCCUCCGUUGUUUCCUAGGCCGCACGCCGCCCACGCCGCCUCCGUCUCCGUCCGUUCGUCGGGCGCAAUAGAGACACCACGGCACGCGCCGCCGCUCCUGCCCUGCACUUUUCUACCACCGAAGGCGAGGGCGAGGGGGCCAAAGACGAGCGCUUUUUCGUGCCCGCCUGCCUGCCUGCUGGUCAUUGCCGCUGCUCACGAGCCUCCCGCCCCGUGCCGCCCUGCCCUCUACGGCUCUGCCCCAACGAGCCCCAGGGGAGCCAGGAAAAGGAGCCGUCAAAAGCCGCCGCCGAGGAGAGCGCGCAGGGUAACGAAGCACCAUCUCCUCUCCUUGCCCUUCUUCGAUUAGGUUGGAUCCCAGCCGCCGUCGCUGCAGGUGGGAUCUCCUCCGUUUUUGCUUCCUCUCAGUCGUUCCUUCGCUCGGGCCGUGUGUAGAUCUGCACGUUCCCUGUAGAAUUCUCCUGUCAGGCAUGGCAUCAACCGUUACCUUCAACCCAGUGAGCGCCCAAGCUGCGCUGAUCCAAAAGCCAAGGAACCUUGGAGCCAUAAGCUAUGCUGGCUUAAAGAUGCCGGCAUCUGUUAGCUCUGGCUCAGAGUCGUCAUUCCUGGGCUGGAAUGCAUCCCUUCGGGCAGCUGUUACUCCAAGGAUUGUGCCCAAGACAAAGUCUGGAUCUCAGAUAUCUCCACAGGCAUCUUACAAGGUGGCAGUGCUGGGUGCUGCCGGUGGCAUCGGUCAACCCUUGGGCCUGUUGGUUAAGAUGUCUCCUCUGGUGUCCGAGCUGCAUCUGUAUGAUAUUGCUAAUGUCAAGGGAGUUGCUGCAGAUCUCAGCCACUGCAACACGCCUGCUCAGGUUCUUGACUUCACUGGACCCUCAGAGUUAGCCAACUGCUUGAAAGGUGUGGAUGUCGUUGUCAUCCCUGCCGGGGUCCCAAGGAAGCCUGGGAUGACUCGCGAUGACCUUUUUAACAUCAACGCAAGCAUCGUCAAGACACUUGUUGAGGCUGUUGCAGACAGUUGCCCAGAGGCGUUCAUCCAUAUCAUCAGCAACCCGGUGAAUUCCACGGUGCCAAUUGCAGCUGAGGUUCUGAAGCAGAAGGGUGUCUACAAUCCCAAGAAGCUUUUCGGGGUUACCACCCUGGAUGUUGUCAGGGCCAACACAUUUGUGGCGCAGAAGAAGAACCUUAAGCUCAUCGAUGUUGAUGUCCCAGUUGUUGGUGGCCAUGCUGGAAUCACAAUUCUGCCACUGUUAUCGAAGACCAGGCCAUCUGUCACCUUCACAGAUGAGGAAACUGAGGAGCUGACAAAGAGGAUACAGAAUGCCGGGACAGAGGUGGUGGAUGCCAAGGCUGGUGCUGGGUCUGCUACCCUGUCCAUGGCCUAUGCCGCUGCCAGAUUCGUUGAGUCUUCUCUCCGUGCGCUGGCUGGCGAUCCGGAUGUUUAUGAGUGCACAUUUGUUCAGUCUGAGAUAACUGACCUGCCAUUCUUCGCAUCAAGAGUCAAGUUGGGCAAGAAUGGUGUUGAGUCCGUCAUUUCUGCCGACCUCCAGGGAAUGACUGAGUAUGAGGCCAAGGCACUUGAGGCGCUGAAGGCCGAGUUGAAGGCAAGCAUUGAGAAGGGUAUUGCUUUCGUGAACAAACAGCGGGAAGCUGCUGCAUCUGUUUGAGGCGAAGCAAGUGAAACAGAAGGAACAAUCGUCUUGAAUGGCUUUUAAGUUUUGCAGCCUAGAGUUUUUUGUUGUCGGCAUGUAGGAAGAUGUUCCAGAUGGUUGCUGUUUGUUUCUAAUUGCUACAUGGGGGCUGAACAUCCAUCCCCCAAGUUAUCGCCGGUUUCUGAACCAGGCCUUAUUUACACAUAAAUUUUGCCCCUUCUGUAUCGUGGUUCUGUUUGUAGCUUGUUGGAGUCUACAAACUACAAAGAGGCUAAUAAACCACUUUUAUUGGAAGUGAUCCUUGUCA